AUGGCAAUGAGGCAGGUGCCAUCCACGAACGGGCUGACAACGGUGACUGCCAAAGACCUAGACACCUGGGUCAUGGACAACCUGCAGCCCAGCACAGAGUUCAGCAACCAGGUGAAGCAGACGGUGAAGCAGAUCUGUGACUUCCUGAAGGAGGACUGCUUCCUGAAGGGCACCAACAUCCAUGUCAACAAGACCGUCAAGGGCGGCUCGGCGGGCAAAGGCACAGCUCUGCGAAACAACUCCGACGCCGACGUGGUGCUCUUCCUCAGCUGCUUCUCCAGCUACCAGGACCAGAAGCAGAAUAGAAAGGCUAUUCUGGAUUUGAUCAAGACGAGGCUGCACGCCUGCACGCAGAGCCUGACGUUCACCGUGGCCAUCAGUGAGCCCCGGUACAAGGGUCCUGGCAAUACACCACGCUCCCUCAGCCUCACUCUCUACUCCAAGAAUUUGGAGUCCACCGAAGUGGACAUCCUGCCCGCCUAUGACGCCUUGGGGCAGAUAAGCCGGGACGCCUGGAUGAACGCAAAUUUGUACGAGGCGGCGUACACGGAGCUUCUGAGAACCAAGAGUGGCCCCGGGGAGUUCUCCCCCUGCUUCACCGAACUGCAGAAGAAGUUUGUGAAGCGUUUCCCCGCCAAGCUGAAGAACCUCUUGCGCCUGGUCAAGCACUGGUACAAGGAGCGGGUGAAGCCACGGUACCACAGCGAGGACCUGCCCCCCAAGUAUGCUGUGGAGCUGCUGACCAUCUAUGCCUGGGAGCAGGGCACAGACUCCAGCGAAUCCUUCGACACGGCCGCAGGUUUCCGUACGGUGCUGGAGCUGCUGCGCCGACACAGGGAGAUCUGCGUCUACUGGGAGACGUGCUACUCGCUCCAGCACAGCCAGAUAGGCACCUACGUGAAGAAUGUGCUUCACGGACACCGGCCCAUCAUCCUGGACCCCGCCGACCCCACGGGCAUCCUGGGCCAAGACAGUAAGUGGGACCUGGUGGCAAAGGAAGCUGCCCAUGACCUUUCGCUGCCCUGUGUCUGCGCCGUCCAGCCCUGGGUUGUGCAGCCGGCCCGGCCCGUGAUGAUUGAGGUGAAGCAGCUGUCGGGCACCAGCCUGAGUAUGACCGUCAGCCUGGACACCACCAUCAGGCAGCUGAAGGAGAUGAUCGAGCAGCAGUGGGGAAUCCCUCAGUACAGGCAGCGCCUGGGGCAGCAGGGCCCGAGGGGGAACACCCCCAUCCUGGAGGACGGCAAGACCCUGGCCACCUACGGAAUCUUCCACAGGACCACGCUUAUGCUGCUGCAGGCUGAGCCCCAGCCGAUGGAGGUCUCGGUGAAGGACGACAAGAACCAGACAACCAUCUACAGAGGGGGGGGCCCUCCCCCGACCCAGCAGCGCCUGACGUAUGAGUCCCGGGAGCUGGAGGACCGGCACACGCUGGCGCACUACAACGUCCAGCCCAGGAGCACCAUCUUCCUGCUCCUGCGGCUCCGGGGGGGCACAGACUCUUGA